GUCGUUGAAAGGUCCAGAGACUAAGGUUCGCCAGCCUGGCGUCAUUGCACAACCAACGAUGAAGCGCCAAGACUCCGACACCUUUCAGCGCAACUCUAGCUUUGGCGACACUGCCAUGCUGCCAGUCCCUGGGGACGCCCCAGUGUCCAAAGGCAAAGGCAAGCGCAUCGUCAUCAUUGCUGCGGCCGCCGUGCUUGUUGCAGGAGGUGUCACGGCUGCCAUCGUCCUGUCAAGUGGCAAUGGCAGCGGCAGCGAUGCCAAUUCGACGUCUGGAAACAAGGGCACCAACACCCCCGUCGUCUCCCCUGCCAAAAACGUGACGGCCGAGGACUUGCUGGGCACGACGAAUCCUCCUGCACCUGGUGCGACCACGACCCCUGCUCCUUCGCCUGCUUCCGAUCCUGAAGCUGGUAAGGCUGCGCUCACCAUGCUCGCCAUUGGCGACUGGGGUAGUACCACCGGCAAGAAGUCUGGCAACACACUGGAUGACGCCGGCGACCCUGGUUCUUGCUGCAAAACGUACGGUGGCAGUGGAGCCAACGCCAACAAGGUCAACCCGUCCAAGGCUCGCAUCAAGGUUGACUACUGGGCGCAACUGUAUGUGUCUACGAUUCUGGCCCAAUCUGCUGGCGAGCUCAAGCCCAAGCCAGCCCGAGUGAUUGGUCAUGGCGACAACAUCUACUGGGAUGGUGUUGGACCUGGCGAUAUUGCUUACCGCAUGGAAGAAACGUUUGAGAAGAAGUAUGCGCAGCCGGCAUUGGCAGGCAUCAAGUGGGUCAACGUCGCUGGCAACCACGACAUUGGCGGCUCGGAGUACAUUUGUGGCGAAAAGGACUACAACUUUGUCAAGUGCAAGGACACGGCCGAAAUGCUCAAGUACCUGGACCUCAAGUUCGAUCUCCAAGCGCAAUACAAGAGCCCGAAUCAGGACCGGUGGCUCAUGAAGGACCACUACUACGUCGAGUCGGUUAAGAGCGAGGACGGCAGCGUCUCUGUGGAUAUCUUCAACCUGGAUACAAACCACGCCGACUCUCACGGACUACAGCAAGUGUGCUGCCAAUGCUACGGAUAUUCAAGAGAAACCAAAACCAAAUGCACGGGCAACGAAAUGCCUGGAGAUGCCAACUGCGCUGGCGGGGAUAAGGCCAUGUUUAAGGCUUGCCAAGACAAGAUCGAAGGCUGGGCCAAGGCUUCGUUGGACGGCGCGGCGCGGGAUUUGGCCAAGUCCACGGCCACGUACAAGAUCAUCAACACGCAUUACUCGCCGCACUUCCAUAUGGGCGAGCCCAAAAUGCUGACGUGGUACAACUUGACGAAAACCUAUGGGGUUCACGCCUGGUUCAACGGUCACACCCACGGGUUUAACCAUGACGUGGCCAAGUGGAACACGCACUUCUUUGAGAACGGCGGCGGCGGCGGUAUUUUCACGGACACUUCGACGGAAGGCAAGAACGACUUCGUUGAUACCCUGUGGGUGGCUGGCGGCAACCCGUACGGGUUUAUGGAGUUGAGUUUUACCAAGGACUGGAUGAAGGUGAACUUUGCCACGUUCGACAAAUCUUGGGACUUUGGGGGGUUCAACUACGAAGCGACCAAGUCGGGCGGGAUUGCGCGGGGUCAUUGUUGGUACAUUCCUAGCAUCCAAGGCACCAAAGGUGUCAAGUGCAAGGCGUCCAACGAUUUGCCCCUGGGGGCCCCCAUCAUGCCAGACAAUGCGUAGGUGUUUUUAAUUGCAAAAAGCUCGUUCCUGAACUAAUAUAAAUAACGGCGGCCAAGCCAUCCUUCCUUGAAGAGGGUUUAUAGAUAAUGCUA